UUGGAUUUCUCGUCUUCAGGCGGUGAGCAGGAUGGCCCGCAGCCUCUCAGCUGCACCGACGGGCUGCAUGUGGAUGUAAAAUGACAGGCUGCAGAUGGUCCUGUUUUAUUUGAGCCUGAGAAAUUGCCCUCUUUUUUGGGGGCCCAAAUCAAAUCUGUGAUCCAUUGCGCAUCGCAGAUCCCCUGAGGAGUUGAUGGUGGGUUUUCUGAAGUGAUUUCGUGGUGUGAAACUGCGGAUAUGGAUGCAGCAAAGAAAGAUGCCCCACCUGCGGGCGAAGCAGGGAAAUCAGACACCCUGGGGUCGACCGGCUCGGCCAGAAAGAGGGGAGGGGGGGCCAAGAAGGCGAUGCAAGCCAACAAGUCCGCCCUCAGAGCCCCCCGAGCCCUCUGCUGCCUCACCCUCAGCAACCCCAUCCGCAUGGCAGCACUGGCCCUGGUCGAGUGGAAAUAUCCUUUUGUGACUGAGCCUUUUGAUAUCUUCAUCCUUCUUGCCAUUUUUGCCAACUGUGUGGCCAUGGGCGUCACCAAGCCGUACCCUGAUGACGACUCCAACGCCACAAACCACAAACUGGAACAAGUUGAGUACGUCUUCCUCGUCAUCUUCACCAUCGAGACCUUCACUAAAAUCCUCGCCUACGGCUUAGUCAUGCACCCCAGCGCCUACAUCCGCAGCGGAUGGAACUUGCUUGAUUUCGUUAUCGUCAUAGUCGGGUUGUUCAGUGUGAUAGCAGAGGCCAUGACGGACCAUAAACCCGGAGAGGCUCAUCAUGCUGCAGGAAAACCUGGAGGUCUGGAUGUCAAAGCCCUCAGAGCGUUCAGGGUGUUACGUCCGCUUCGACUUGUAUCUGGAGUGCCGAGUUUACAAAUUGUGUUGAACUCCAUCAUGAAAGCCAUGGUCCCCCUGCUCCACAUCGGUAUGUUGGUCAUGUUUGUCAUCAUCAUCUACGCCAUCAUCGGUUUGGAGCUUUUUAUCGGCAGGAUGCACAAGACAUGCUACUCCAUGAGCACAGGUCUGAUGGUGGAGGACGAUCCGUCACCGUGUGCGUUUGCUGGGAGCGGGCGCUUCUGUGACUCGAAUGGGACAGAGUGCAGGGGCAAGUGGGAGGGGCCUAACGGCGGGAUCACAAACUUUGACAACAUCUUCUUUGCUAUGCUCACGGUCUUCCAGUGCAUCACUAUGGAGGGCUGGACAGAUGUCCUCUACUGGAUGAAUGACGCCAUUGGCUUCGAGAUUCCAUGGGUUUACUUUGUUUCUCUGGUCAUCUUCGGAUCCUUCUUCAUCAUCAAUCUUGUAUUGGGAGUGUUGAGCGGAGAGUUCUCCAAGGAAAGAGAGAAAGCUGUGGCUCGUGGCGAGCUGCAGAAGGCACAGGAGAGCAAACAGAUGGAGGAGGACAUGAUUGGCUACAUGGACUGGCUCAUAGAGGCAGAGGAUGUAGAUGAAGAAGGAAACAAACGUGCUGCUAUAGCUAAGAAGAAAAUGAUGAAGAAGUUUGGCUGGUACAAGCACAAUGAAGAUGGAGGAGCGGAGUCAGAUUCAGACGAUGAUAUAGCAUACCUGGAUGACGACAACGGCUGCUGUGCUUCUCUCAUGGCAAAGAUGAUGGCGAACAGCUUCUGUGACCAAUUGUGUCAGCUGAAUCACACAAUGAGGAAGAACUGCCGCGUGGCCGUCAAGACCACCAACUUCUACUGGUUGGUGCUUCUCCUCGUGUUUCUCAACACAGUGGCCAGCGCCUCUGAGCAUUACGGACAGCCGAAAUGGCUCACAGAGAUGCAAGAGCGAGCCAACAAGAUCCUGCUGCUGCUCUUCACUUUGGAGAUGUUGAUGAAAAUGUACGCUUUUGGCCUGCAGAUUUAUUUCAUGGCUUUGUUCAACCGCUUUGAUUGCUUUGUCGUGUGUGGCGGCAUCCUGGAGACACUUCUUGUGGAGAUGGAAUUCAUCCCGCCCAUCGGCAUCUCUGUGCUGCGCUGCAUCCGACUGCUCAGGAUAUUCAAGAUGACACGGCACUGGGCUGCUCUGUCUGAUUUGGUCAACUCUCUGCUCAACUCCAUGAAAGCUAUCUGCUCCCUUCUGCUGCUGCUCUUCCUCUUCCUCAUCAUCUUCGCCUUGCUUGGCAUGCAGCUGUUUGGUGGCAAAUUCAACUUUGAUGAAACUCAGAUGAAGAGAAGCACAUUUGACUCCUUCCCUCAGGCUCUGCUCACGUGUUUCCAGAUUCUCACUGGAGAGGACUGGAACGCUGUGAUGUAUGAUGGCAUUAUGGCUUAUGGAGGUCCGAUCUUCCCAAACAUGGUGGUCUGCAUCUAUUUUGUCAUCCUCUUCGUCUGUGGUAACUACAUCCUGCUCAAUGUCUUCUUGGCUAUCGCUGUCGACAACUUGGCAGGAGGCGGCGGGAAGACGAAAGUCGAGGAGAAAAAGGAUGAAGAAGAAGAGUGGGAUGAGGAUGACGAGAAGGAGGAUGAAGAUGCAGGGAACGAGGAGGAUGACUGGCAGGAGAACGAGGAGCUGAGGGCCAUCGAGGGGCUGGAGGGAGUUGCUCCUUUAAAGCCGGAGUUCUCAGGGCCAAAAGAGAAGAUCGUCCCAAUCCCUGACGGAAGCUCCUUCUUCAUACUUGGAAAGAAAAACUGUUUGCGUGUUGCCUGCCAUAACCUCAUCCAUCAUCCCUACUUCACCAACUUCAUCCUCAUCUUCAUCAUCCUCAGUAGUAUUUCUCUGGCUGCUGAGGAUCCCAUCAAAUCCCACUCAUUCAGGAACAUUGUGCUCGGUUAUGCCGAUUAUGUUUUCACUUCAGUGUUCACAGUGGAGAUCGUACUGAAGAUGACAGUCUAUGGAGCGUUUCUGCACUCGGGCUCCUUCUGCAGAAAUGCUUUCAACCUUCUGGACCUGCUGGUCGUCGGCGUGUCGCUCACAUCUUUCUUUUUACAUUCGAGUGCGAUCUCUGUGGUCAAGAUUCUCAGAGUGCUUCGAGUCCUCAGGCCUCUUCGAGCCAUCAACAGAGCCAAGGGACUGAAGAACGUCGUGCAGUGUGUGUUUGUCGCAAUCCGUACCAUCGGUAACAUCUUGAUUGUCACGACGCUCCUUCAGUUCAUGUUUGCCUGUAUCGGAGUGCAGCUCUUUAAGGGCAGAUUCUACAGCUGCACUGAUGAAGCCAAACACACUCCCGAUGAGUGCAAAGGAACAUUUGUGGUCUACAAAGACGGCGACAUGAACCACCCCAUGGUGAAAGAGAGGGUUUGGGAAAACAGUGAUUUCAACUUUGACAAUGUGCUGAUGGGCAUGCUGGCUUUGUUCACUGUGUCCACAUUUGAAGGAUGGCCACAGCUCCUUUACCGAGCUGUGGAUGCUAACGCCAUUAACCGAGGGCCCAUCUACAACUACCGAGUGGAAAUCUCCAUCUUCUUCAUCAUCUACAUCAUCAUCAUCGCCUUCUUCAUGAUGAACAUCUUCGUGGGUUUUGUCAUCAUCACAUUUCGAGAGCAAGGAGAGGCUGAAUUCAAAAACUGUGAACUCAACAAAAAUCAGCGUCAGUGUGUUUACUAUGCUCUGAAAGCUCAGCCGAUAAAGAUCUACAUCCCCAAAAACCCGUCUCAGCUCAAGUUCUGGAAAAUCAUCAACUCCAGUCAGUUUGAAUACGUCAUGUUUGUGCUGAUCCUGGGAAACACCCUCACUCUGGCUAUUCAGCAUUACGAGCAGUCCAAACUCUUCACCUCCGUCAUGGACAUCCUCAACAUGAUCUUCACUGUGGUUUUCACCAUAGAGAUGAUCAUCAAGUUACUGGCUCUGCGGGCUCAUCACUACUUCAUCGAUCCCUGGAACUCAUUUGAUGCUUUGAUUGUUGUGGGGAGCGUGUUGGAUAUCGCAGUCUCUGAAUUAAGUGGAGGAGGUGGCCAUGGAGAGGGUAAAGGAGAGAGUGGAAAAGUUUCCAUCACGUUCUUCCGUUUGUUCCGUGUGCUGCGUUUGGUUAAACUGCUCAGCAAAGGAGAAGGAAUCCGAACCCUACUCUGGACUUUUGUCAAGUCUCUCCAGGCCCUGCCGUACGUCGGUCUGCUCAUUGCAAUGAUCUUUUUCAUCUACGCUGUGAUCGGCAUGCAGACGUUUGGAAAAGUGGCCAUAGAUGAAGACACACAUAUUAACAGAAACUGUAACUUCCAGACUUUCUUCAUGGCUGUUCUGGUGCUCUUCAGGUGUGCUACAGGAGAGCAGUGGCAGGAGAUUAUGUUGGCAGCUCUGCCCGGCAGACGCUGUGACCCAGAGGCCGACUUUGAGCCUGGAGAGGAGUUCAGCUGUGGGAGCAACCUGUCCUACAUUUACUUCAUCAGCUUCUUCAUGCUCUGUGCCUACCUGAUCAUCAACUUGUUCAUCGCCGUCAUCAUGGACAACUUUGAGUACCUGACGAGAGACUGGACCGUGCUCGGUACUCACCACCUGGACGAGUUCAAGAGGGUUUGGUCUGACUAUGAUCCAGAGGCCACCGGGCGAAUAAAACACAUAGAUGUUGUCACGAUGCUGAGGAGGAUUCAGCCGCCUCUGGGUUUUGGAAAACUGUGUCCUCAUCGGGUCGCUUGCAAGAGACUGGUUGCUAUGAACGUCCCCCUGCACUCUGAUGGGACAGUCACUUUUAGCGCUACUCUCUUUGCUCUUGUGCGAACCUCCCUAAAGAUCAAGACUGAAGGUCCCAUCGACCAGCAGAACGAGGAGCUGAAGCUGAUCAUUAAGAAGCUCUGGAAGCGCACCAAACCCAAGCUCAUUGAUGAAGUCAUUCCUCCCCCUAGAGGGGAUGAGGUGACUAGCGGGAAGUUUUACGCCAGUUUCCUGCUUCAGGACUACUUCAAAAAGUACCGUAAGAGAAAAGAACGGGAGAGGAAAUCCAAAAGGAAGGACAAAGCUGCCUCUCUGCAGCAAGGACUCCGGACACUGCAGGAUCUGGCUCCAGAGAUGCGUCUGGCGAUGGUCUGUGAUCUUGAGGAGGAGGAGGGAAUGGAAGGAGAGAUGACAGGUGAUGACAUAUUCGACAGCGAGGCUGGAACGUCAGCGACCAACACGCCUGCCACCACACCGCUGCCACCGUUAGACUAUUUGGUGGAGCAGACAGCUGUGAUCGUGGAGGACACGGCAGGCAGCGAGGGCGUGAUCACAGAGCAGGUGACGGCCAUACAGGAGCACCACAGACCAGGAUCAGAACUGGCAGGCAUCACUGUUGUCCGAGAUCAGCCUGUGAGAUCCGAACCCCUGCCCAUCAGGGUGGAGUCCGUUAGGGUGGAGUCCAUCCAGGUGGAGACCAUCAGCGAGUCGCCUCCUCCUCCUCCUCCUCCCCCUCCACCUCCUCCUCCUCCAGAGAUAACUGUUGAUGUUGUAGAGGUUACAAGUGCAGCACCUGAGCAGGUUUACUGCCCUGAAGGAGAUGCUUUAAGUCUAGCAUCAGUAGACAGGUAUGAGUAUCCAGAAGCCCCCUCUCCUCUACCGACCGAGACAAGCUGCAUUGAACAGAGCACCAUCAGUGAGAUUCCCUACAACGACAGCAGCUAUGUCAGUAACGGUUAUAACGGCACCAGCAUGAAUGGAGAAAGUGUCGCUCCCAGCCCCACUCCUUAUGCCACUAAUGGCUAUAACGGGAACGGAUACACAGGUUAUAAUGAAAACAGCAGCGCCAUGAGAGCAAUGAGCGCAGUGAGUGCAAUGAGCUCCAUGACCGUCAUGAGCGCCAACGGUAAUGGAACCACGUACAAUGAAAACGGCAGCAGCGUCACCGGGAACGGCAUCAAUGGGAAGGAGAAUGGAGGCGCAGGAUUUGUCAGGCGUCGACUCCUCCCAGCCUUACCUAAAGGUCAUGCACCUAGCUUCAACUUCCAGUGUUUGAGGCCACAAAGCAGUGUGGAUACCCUCCCAGUCCCCGGUAGCUACCGUGGAAACACAUCCCCAACAAGAUCCCGAUUACAGACCCAGCACAGCCUCCCAGACUCCCGGCCCAGCAGUGUCUCCUCCAUGUCAACCGCCUCCUGGGUGAACACAACGGGGGCAGGCGCCACCCCCAUUCCCGGACUGAUCGCCCCCUCUGCACGCAGGGGGAAGCUCAUCUACACCCCUAUGAUCCUGAUGGACGAAGCCACAGGCGCCACCCAGCCGAUGUGGAGCGACGGCACUGCCAGCCUCCCUGCAGGAACCCGUCCUGGUUUCUACCCGGGUCAGACCAGGACCUUCACCAGCGUGAGGAUGCCGCCGGCCAACCAGGGCUUCAUAGAGAAAGGCAGUGCGGACAGUCUGGUUGAGUCGAUCUUGAUCUCUGAGGGUCUUGGAGUCUACGCCAGGGACCCCAAGUUUGUGAACUUUGCCAAGCGGGAGAUUGCUGAAGCCUGUCACAUGAGCCUGGAUGAGAUGGAGAACGCCGCUGCUGACCUCAUAGUUCGGGGCGCCAGUCAGUCCAUGUCUCGCUUUGAGGAGGAACUGGCUGAUGAAAUGAACUGUGUGAUUUCUUACUGAGAUCAGCUGACAUGAAAUAUGUGUGUGUGGGGUAAAAGUCUUUUAUGUGGUGUGUUUAUGUCUGCCACUGUAAAAAAAAAGAAAGCAGACAGGACAGCAUGUGAGUAAGAAUGACAUGAUGCAAGUGAGAUAUGAUUUUCUUCAAGGUUUAAAUGUGAUGGAGAGAGAAAGAUAUGCUUUUAUUUAUAAAUGCCAAAACACACACUUCCAUUCACAUCUCAUACACACACUGAUAAGAGCAUGUCAGUACGUGACAGAACUCAACACUGACUGACAGAACAGUUUACUGCAUGCAACAGAAAAAUGGCCCUUAUGAAACAAGCUUACUUUGUGCAUUGUGUUCUCAUUUUGUACUGUACUUGAAUUUUUGUCACUGUAUACACCUGUACAUACUGUAAAAAUAGAAUAUAGUACAACGAUUAGACUGAAAUACAUUCAUACUUGCACAAAUGAUUAGAACCAGUUGAAAUCAUUAACUUGUGACUGCUCAGCAGCUUUUGCUUUUUUAGAUAAUUACUUAAAUAAACUGAAAAUUUAAGAACCUCUUAUUUUUAACGAGCAAACU